CUCGGAACUAACUUUUUUUUUUUUUUUUGCAGCCAGAGGAUGCGUGGCAGGCAUCUCAAUGUGUCUCUGAAUAAGAGUCCUGGUUCCAAAUGUAAUGGACACACUUAAAACGAGGUGCCUUCUGCUCGCCUUGCUGGCUAUCUUGUCAGCUUGCGUUGCUGCAGGUCCCCCUGCUCCCCCUUCUCCUCCCGAGUGCUUUAGAGAAUGUGAUGAGACAGAAUGUUCAGGUGAAAUAAAAUGCAUUUGGGACCCAAUACCAGACUCAAAGAUCCCCACUAACUACCGCCUGCACUGGGAGACAGCGAAUAGCGAGGAUGAAUACUGGACUGGGAACAGUUCAGAUGGGGUAAUCCAUCGUCACAACAUUCCCAGCCACAUAGAACUUUGUGUUUGGGUCCAAGCUUGGAACCAGCACGGUUCUGUCAACUCUCAAGAGGUUUUCUUCAACACAGAAGAUAUCAUAAAGCCACCCCCUCCUACAAUCUUAUCAAGCUGUCAGGAUCCAUUAGAAAUUAACUGGAGCACCAAAUGUGACCAUCUCGGGCUGAGUCUUGAAACUUGUGACGUCCGAUAUCGAACCGAGGAACACCGAGACUGGCUUGAGUACGACGAUGGAUUAUUUGCCACCUAUGGAGUCAGCAACCCCCAGCCUGCCACAGUCUAUCAGUUUCAAGUUCGCUGUGCCUGCCACAUAAGCCUGAAGAGUGACUGGAGUGAAAUCUAUGGAAUAAAAAGUGCAGAGUCAGCUCCAAUUGGAGAGGUGGAUGUAUGGAGGGACUGCAGUGUGUCCCCCUCAAGCAUUGACUGUUUUCUGACCUGGAAGGAUCUUUCCAUUUCUCAGGCGCGAGGACUUAUUCUUGGACAUGAAGUGAAAAUUUCUUACAAUAACAGCUCUGUGACUUUGGUGAAUGAGUCAGUAGACGAAACAAGCAGCCUCUUGGUGCAUGAUGGCUUGAUAUGGCGGCUCACCACCUCUCUGAAGGAUGUGUCUUCAGUCAGUGUGUUAGCCUACAAUGCUCUUGGAGCCACCAGUGCUUCUUAUCUAGUUGUGCCAGCACCAGGUAAAGAAGCACAUGAUCAAAUAAUUCACCUCGAAAUGAACGAAGAAAACCUCACGGUAUCCUGGGAUCCAGCCACACAGUUCUCUGACGACCUGAAACAAUACGUGGUGCAAUACAAAGCGUGUCCACCUGGCCAAGGAUUUGAUUGGAUCAAAGUGGACAAAAGCCAAACAACGGCUUUUUUUAAAGGUCCAUUUAAAAAGCACACACAAUACCGUGUGUCAUUGUUUGCAGUGUUGAGCACCGAUAAAGUCCAUCAGCUGUCAACGGCUAUCGGAUACUCUGUUCAAGGAGUUCCUUCAAGAGUGUUGUCAUUUAAGGUGCUUUCUUAUGGUGCUACUGAUGCGACUCUGUUUUGGGAGCCUGUUCCUUGCUCACAGCAGAAUGGAACUAUCUUGUACUACCAAAUAGGAGAAGGCAUGCAAAAAGUUUACAAUGUCAGUGUAACCCCACAACAUGAAAACAACACUUUCAAGCUAUCGGAACUUAAUCCAGGCCAGGACUAUGAGGUGUGGAUCAGAGCUGUGACUGCUGUGGGACCUGGUGCAAAGGUCACCAUGAGAUUCAAAACAGUGCAACAUAAACGCUUUGAAAACAUAGUUCCAGUCCUGAUAGUAAUUCCCUUCCUGGUUUUCAUAUGCCUUUUACUUGUUUUGUUCAGAGUUUGUCAGGGAGAAAAAGCAAGUCCAUUUGUGCCUCAGUGUCUUUAUGGCAAAGUACCAGAUCCCAGCAACAGCCGCAUCUUCAAACAAAUGAAGCACCAGAUUAAUGAACCCUUGGCUUGGAUCUGCAUUCCUCUCGCUGAGCCUUUCCCCAAGAUCUCUCUGUUGGAAUUUGUGGAGACAAAUUCCACGACUUUUUACCCUGACGGGUUAACCAGGCUAGUGACAGAAGAUGGGUUUUCAGAGGACCAUCAAAAUGAUCAAGGGGAGGAUGUUGUCACAGACGAGUGUGACAGGACAGAUCACAGAUAUCAAAGAGAGGAGUACAGCAAGAUGGUUGAUUCCGAUGAGGAGAGAGAUGAUUGUUGCAGCUCAUCAGAGGAAGAGCAGCUCACAUCAGGCUAUGAAAAGCACUUUAUGCCCACUGCCUUUGAAAUACUGGAAGAUUCUUGACACAAGCAGGGUCAUGGACAAUCAUUUUAACUGUACAUAUGUUUUUAUUUGUUGAAAGACUUCACUGUGUAAAUGCAGUAUUUUAUGUAAUUCUGGUUUCUGAAGCUCCUCUAUGUAAUGACUGAAUAAAUUAAUGAUUUAUUUUGGUUACAAUCUGCAUAGCAAAACUUGAAUUAUGUACAAUCAGCUGACUAAAGAAUUCUAUACAUGCUUGCACUAAACAAAUUAAGCUCUGUAACUGAAAAAGGAAUAUGCUGUAGCAAGACAGACUCUGAAACCAGAAAGAUUAAUCUGCUCAAUCCUGCCUCUCCUUCUGAUUAUGGCCUCAAAUCUUUGCAGUUGUUUCAUUUGAUAUAUGUUGUCAAUAUGUUUGAGUUUGUCUCACUGUAUUUGUCCUCUUUGUGCUUUUGUUACUUAUCCAGUUUCUUAUUUCAUGUGCCAUAUGAUGAGCCUGAUUGUGAGGUUGUAAACCAUGAGCUAUACUUUAAAAAAAAUCAAUUAUGGGGAAA